AAGAAAACACAAAAAUGAAUUUUAGUCAUUAGAUAAAUGGAUAAAGUUUUUAAAUGUGACUUUAAAAUGUGUUGAAAUGUGGAACUGUCAAAAUGUUACGUAUCUCCUGUUACACACGCCCCAAGGCAUGCACAACAAAACCAGACAAACCUGUCAUGUUUUGCUGGUUUGGGUUUUGCAUGCUGUGGAAAUGGUAUGGCUGGUAUUUUCCUGGGUUUGACUCUGGAUUUAUAAAGCUCCUCCCCAGCACUAUAAAUAGUUAAACACAGUUUAACUAGUUUUUAUACAUACAGUUUACUUUGUGUGGUACUUGGUUGGACAGAUGUUUUUUAAAGCAUACUCUGUAAGCUCUGUUUUCACUGGUUCUGUACUUAAACGCAUUAUAAAUCCAGCUGCGAUGGCAUCAAAUCAUAGACUCUUGAAGCUGCUGACAUGUGGACUUUUUGUGUCCACUAUUAUUGUCUUUUCAUUUUUCUAUGGAUGGGAUGUGCCAAACAUUUUAAGAGAAUACAGGACACAGCAGGUGCAUGAGGACAGACAGAAACAGAGAAAACAGCUGAUUAAAGAAGUUUGUGACAGUAACAGAGAAAAAUAUAUGGAGAUACCCUUGCGUGAAGACUAUUGGAAGACCUUUCUCGUGGAUGACAAUUAUCGCAUCAUCUACUGUUUUGUUCCCAAGGUGGCCUGUACAAACUGGAAGAGAUUCAUGUAUAUGCUAAAACAUGACCAGCUGUCUGUUGAUCCCAACAAUAUAACUGAUGAUGUACAUGCUGUUACAGCCCUUAACUACCUAUGGAAGUUUCCAAAGGAAGAAAUUGAGGCAAAGCUGAAGAACUACACCAAGUUCAUGUUUGUCAGGGAUCCAUUCGUCCGUGUAAUUUCUGCAUACAGAAAUAAAUUUGAAUGGAUAACCCAAAAGUACUACCUUAAAUACGGUCGAGAAAUGCUACAGCGCUAUGGAAACUGGUCUAAUCCACCAGAGACAGCUGAAGAGCUCCUAGCUAUAGACAAGCGUGUUACAUUUGACAACUUUGUGCAAUACCUGGUGGACCCACGGAGUGAGGAAAACCGAUUCUUUGAUGAGCACUGGAGACAAGCGUAUCGCAUGUGUCAUCCCUGUGUCGUACAGUAUGAUUUUAUUGGACAUUUGGAGAAUUUGGAGGAGGAUACUAAACAACUGUUUGAGCUCCUACAUCUGCAGAAUGACAUGAAGAUUGCUGAUGCUUUUCCAAAUGUGACUACAACAAGUGUUCUUUUGGAAUGGUUCAGAACGGUGUCUCAAGAGGAUAGAAGGAAGCUUUACAAGCUCUACGAGCCAGAUUUCAAACUUUUCGGAUACAGAAAGCCAGAGGAACUCUUUGAAACUGAAGACCAAGACAGAGCUCUGUGAAAGUCUUAAUAAGAAAAAGUCAACUGCAUGCACUGUUACUAUUUAAACCGUCAAAGGGUUGUGUUUGGUUUAUGGGUUAUUUUUGGUACGUCUGGCUCUGCUUGGAACUACUUUGGGAUAAAAUGACCUGGAUGACUGAGAACCUACACAGACAAUCAUGAUUGUAAUUAACUAUGACAACUCAUGAAUAAUCCAGAUAAACUAACAUAGCUAACAAAAUAGGUAACUCUCUGACCAAAGUUAAUUUUUUUUGUUACGUUUUCACAUAAAAUGUGGACUGGGAUAUUUUUGGGGUAAUAGGGAUGUGUUCUUGGUUUAAGUGUUCAUGUGUGAAUACUUUAACAGGAUUUGUGGAGAAUAUUUUAAUAAAUACAGAGCUGUUAUCUUGUUCUGUUGUGGACGAAGUAAAAAUCAGUGAAUAAAACCACCCUGGUAUUAAUUAUAAACAGGUUUUACCUGAAAGUUGGCUUCCUUCGGUUAUUGUACGAUGACCAAAAAAAAAAAAAGCCUUCUAUUCUAGGUGGCAGUCUCCCCACAGAAAUACGUCCCUGGCCUCUUCAUCAGCAGGAUUGGAGGAACGUCACACCCAGUUUUGAAAUGAGUCAUUCAAAGCAGUAUCACGUCUUAGGUUAUUAGCUAGGGCAGGUAUGGCCAACCUGUGGCUCGGGAGCCACAUGCAGCUCUUUGCCCAGUUUGAUGCAGCUCUGACAUUCAUGUGAAUUUAUUAUCUGUGUUUUUUAUGCUAUGUGAAACUAAUAC